AUGUGCUAUCAGAUCUUUAAAAUCAUUACAAAGUUUGAUGUUGCUUCACUGGGGCUAUGGAUAGAUUCAGGUAAUAACUUGAAAACUUGCUAAAAGAUAUGAUUGCAGGAUAGGGAGAUGGCUUCCAACAAAGAGUUCAAUCCAACCUUUAAAUGUAUGUACUUUCCCAGAUUUCCAAGUAGCUGUGUGGUUGGAGGUUAAGCACAGCUGCUAAUCUGUAUGGAUUUACUGCAACACCACAUGGUUCCUUUGUGAUUUCCAGUUGUCUAAUUUGAAAUCUGGAUAUUGCACAUGAAUAAUGACAUGCCCUCUUCCCAGGGGUGGUCAGGCAUCAAUCAUGCUGAUGUAAAUUGUAUGCUGAUUUAUCUUUCCUUGUGAGAAACUGUAAUGGUGUUUCAGUCCUAGGUAACUACUUUCAUUUGGCUUUGUUCAGAUACCACACAUUUUUCCUGUCAUAUCUGCUGUCUGUGGGAUCCCAAGAAAUGUGCUACAAUGGUCAGUAGUUAACUUAUUUUGGAGCCUGCCUGUUCAUGUGACCAGCUGCCUCAGAAUGUCUCAAGCCUAUUGUGAGACUUGGAUUAAUAAAAGUUUCAGACGAAACUUCACUGCAAGGAAAUAAGCAUGGUAUAAGGAUGGAGGGUUAUCUUGCAGGCAAGGUGAACUUUUUCAUAUAAAACUCAAGAGAGUGAAUUAUAUAAAUUGGUAGUAUGAAAUAUUUGAAAGGGAUGUACUCUACUGAUACCAGUUUUUACAUGUUACAUGCCAUGAACGCCUCAGUUCAUGACCAAAUCGGGUCGCGAACACAAAUUUCAUAAAAAUUUUGCCGCAGGUCACGAACUCUGCAUUGGGUGAUGAUCGGGAGUAUGCCUGCCUUCCCUGCAUGUGCUGGGGUGUGGGGGGAGAUGGCCGCGAUUGCACCUGACUGCCCUGCCUGAGCGUGCCUGCCUCCCCAGCGCACCCAUGAUCUCCCCCAUCUCCCCCCACCUCCUCCCCACAUGAUUGCUUGGGGGGGAGAUGGCUGCAGUCUUUGUUGUUCUUUGUUACUUCGCUUCAAAUUUUUUGAGUAAAAUAAAUAGUUGCAGAACGGAUUAACCUUAUUUACAUUGACCCUUAUGGGGAAAUUUGACUUUGCUCAUGACCAAUUUGGGUCACGACCAGAGUCCUGGAACGGAUUAAGUUUCAGAAAUUAUAUCAUUAUCCAGUCAUAUGUCACAUUUGACCAUUUCUAAAUUUUGGCACUCAAGAAAUGAAACGAAUGAUGAAUAAAAACCAAAGCCACAAGAUUUCUCUCAGAUGCUAUAAAAUAGCAUGGUGGGAGACUUGUCCAGUUGUCCCAUAACUUAAAGGCUCGCAAUUCCCAUUUGCAACUAUACAUUUUUGUGAUUGCAUUGGCUACUCCACCUUUUCUUUCAUUAUGGAAGAAGAAGUUAAAAACACAGGAAAACCACAAAUGAAAAAUGAUAAUACUUGGACCCUCCUCCCACUCGAAAAAAGAAAAAGAAAAAGUAAUUGGAUGAUAAAAGCCCCAACAGGCAGUCCUCCUUUCUGCAGCAUCUUUGCAAAGCAUUGCAAGAAGACCUGAAGUGUCAUUUUAGGUAGGUAAGCCAGAAAAAUUAUCUGAAGAACAUGCAGAGUCCUCUUAACUACAUCACAGUAUAGAGUGAUGUUGAAGUAGGGGAACUAGAGCAAUAGAGCUCAUGAAAAUUUAGAAGGCAAACUUAAACUGUGCACAAACUUUUCUGAAGUGUAGACAAAUGUUUCUACUCAUUCACUGCCCAUCAUGCACAUACAAUGGUAUCAAAAUUGCUAGAUGAAGAAAAGGACUCACAUAAAUAUCCAGACAAUAAUAGAUAAACACUAUUCUUGUUUUUCACUCUGGAAGAUCAGUGCAAUCUUAUUUCUAAGAAUAUAGACCCAUUUAAAAAUUAAAGCUUAAUACUAUCUCAUAUUACAGCUUAUACAUAUCUACCUCUCUUUUGUUCUUGCAGUCUAGUGAAAAUUUAGAGAUGAUAUAGCUGAAGGUAUUGCCAGGUAGAAACCACACCCUUGGUGUGCUCAAUGUUCUCUUAAACCCCUACAUCAAAUUCAUUCUUUAGAAUAUUACAUAGUAUUGUUAUUCUCAUUUCACUUAUUAGACAUUCACUGUGCAUAUUCCAUAUUAUGUAGGUCUGCAUAUGCAGUCACUUGACUGCUUAGGUAAUAUAUGAAGCUAACUUACACUGACUCAAACCAUUGGACUCUUUAGCCAAUUGCUUGCUCUGUCUGAGUUGCGGCAACUGUCGCAAAUUUUAGGCAGAGGUCUUUCCUGUCACCUUUUAUCUGAUCUUGUUUACUGGAGGUGCCAGGGAGUGAACCAGAGACCCUCUGCAUGAAAAGCAUGUGCUUUGCUGCUGUUUCUGUCCAUUUGUCAUAAGUUGUGCACACUAAGAUAUAUGAAGGAUUUAUUGUUGUUGUUCUGUGGAUUUGUCAUUCUGGGAACUGUAGUCCAGUUUCUUGUUAUAAAAAGCUACACACAUUAAGUGUUAUAUGUUGUUAUAAUAUUUGUAACAUCUAAACAUUAAACAUCUAAGUGUUUGUAGUCACUUCAGAUUGUUCUCAUCUGCCCCCUGCAUCCCACUGUUUUUUUGUCCCUUUAAUCAGCCAGGUAUAUUUGUAUAUGAGUAAAACAUAGUCCAAAUGUGCAGCAAUUUUAGGCAGCUUGCAAGGGUCACUUCUUUAGAACUGUGCAAGAGCUAACUAGAUGCUCCAAUCAAGCAAUUGCUGCAAAGAAAAAUUGCUUUCAGCUUUGUGGUUAUAUUAUUUGUCCUAACAGUUAUCCUGAGUUCCCCUCACUAAUAUAGAUUUAUUUUCCAAGAAGUGUAUCAACAAGCACUCAACACAUAUGCACUUUAAAAAUAUGACUGCAAAAUUAGAUGUCCUUUGAGGAUAAAAAUGAACACAGAAAUGGUUUGUUAUAAAAAAGAAGCAGAUAAAAUAGUAUAAAAUAAUGCAGAAUUAAACAGAUGCCUUCCUUUAGUGUUUGGCUUGAGUAGCAGUACUAAACGGGGCUCAAGACUUGCAUGUUUAAAACUCCUUUGUUUUAGGCUGUUUUUAAGCUGUUUUUAACGUGUUGAGCUCCUUGAUCCCUCAGCAUAGAGCAGUUCCAGCUAAGUCUUGUUUCCUCAGUAAAGCAUUGUACAGAAGGAAAAACAGGAACAGGGAGUAAAUUGCUUGAGAAAACUCAAAUUUUUUUCUUUAAUGAGGAGAAAUUUUGAUUGUCCAUCCACCUUUAUGAAGUGAACCAAACAGUAUCUUACAAGGAAGAAAGACUAGCAAAAGACAGUGCUUCAGCAAAGCCAACUAUGGAAGUUUAUUCUAACUGGAGGUCCCCAUUCCUAAAGUUAACGAAUCUCUCAUUUGAAUUAAACAGUCUUGAUGUCAAGCUUUUAAGAUUGCCUAAGGAGAAUAUUUGAAGUUACACUUCUAGUGUAUUUAUGAGUACAUAAAGUCAAUUCAAUGCCUGUUAAUAAGGCAGGGUGAAGAUCAGGGAGAGUCUGACAUUGCAGAAAAUAUGGACAAGUCUUGGCUCCCAAAAUGUAGUUUGACCAAAUGGUAGUUACUAAGUCAAGCAAACCAGGAUAAUCACGAUCACUACAGUCCAUUCAUUCAUUAUUGUUACCCUUUACAGCUUGUGUGUUAUACUACCAUUAAGAGACAAUUAAAUAAAGGCUGUGAUAAUAUGACAACCAUAAUAUCCAAUUUCUGCAAAAACUGUUUGACCGGAAUUCUAAAAAGUUCUAGCCUACAAGUGAUUGGUUCCCUUCAGGCUACUCUGCCCUAGAGGUCACAGUGGACAGACAAUGGCAGACACAGGGGAGGGGAAAAAAGAGGAGGCAGACUAUAAGAGGCUUCACAGCUUUCCACUGAUAAGGCACACAGACAUGCCAGAGGAAAUGCGUGUAGAAGCCAUGGAGUUAUGUGUGACAGCAUGUGAGAAAUAUGCCACUAACAAUGAGAGUGCUGCCAAGAUGAUCAAAGAAACAAUGGACAAGAAGUUUGGCUCUUCCUGGCAUGUGGUGAUUGGUGAGGGCUUUGGAUUCGAGAUCACUCAUGAGGUGAAGAAUCUGCUUUACAUGUUCUUUGGAGGCAGUCUAGCUGUCUGUGUUUGGAAAUGCUCCUGACAUGCUCUCUCUGUAUCCAAGCUUACUACAUCCAGGAGAUGUUUUCAUUGUUUUUUUGUACAAUUUAAAGGGCAACUUUAUUUUUAAUAAUAAAUUGUUGAGCCUUUUCUUACUUAUAUACCAGUUUUAUGAAAAAUAUUCAGUGCGCGUGUAUGUGUGUAUAAAUCUAUUUGAGCUACCUAAUCCAGCUCAUAGGAUGUUUGCUUUUACCAAUGUGGCUUUUUGCUUAGAGAGGUGGAUUGUGCAAGAGCAAUCAGAGAUUUAUAAAGCCAUACAUCACAAGUGGUGGUGAAGGAAGAGUUUUUAGUCAUAUCUGCUGCUGCUUCUCUUUGCUAUUCCUCCCACUUCUUGGGAGAAGAUCUGGAAAAGGCAACUGUUUCCUCUCUGCCCGGAUGACAGCUGCCUCGUUGUGAGAAGUGUGUGUACCAGCUUGAAAAUCCUGACCUGGUGGACGGUUGCUAGGAUAAUUGCCCUUGCAUCUCCUCACUCCACCUACAGAGCACUGAUAUAGCUUCUGAAGCAUAUGGCACACAAAAUGAGAAUAUUUUGCAUAGCAUGUGGGAUGGGGCGGGAGUGUCAUGAUGCCAAUAUGUUUGUUCAGAGACUGGUAGUGGGAAGAAGCUCUAUCUGAACUGCUAGUUUCUCAACUUUCAAGAACAAUUGUACUUCCAUUUUGUAGAGUCUAAUAAUGCUGUUACAAGGGUGUUUGAUUAAUGGAUUGAUCCUAAUUGUAUUUUCUAUAUAGCUUAUUUGAAUUUGGAGUGUGAAGGGGCUUAACUUUUUACAAUAAACAUUUUUUUCAAACA